UAAAAAGAAAAAUUCAAAAAACUUUUGUUCCUCCUACCUAAGUUUAAAAAGUUGUAGAACUUUUACUUAAUUGGACCUGUUUGUACUUUUUAAUUGAAAGUCCCGAUGAUUAUAGUGUAUGACGGUCCUUUCUCUUCAGCAUAUCCCUUGCCCGGUCAGUAUCUCCAUGGCUGCAAUUCCGAUUCACCUCAAAUUUCAGUUUCUCCAAGGCUGCUAUUCAGAUUCAACUCAAAUUUAAUAUAUUAUUUUUGUGUUCAACUGCGACAUCGACGUUCUUUCAACCUCUGGUGAUGUUGGCAAUUUCGUGUUUUAUGAUUUUGUGGCCAACAUUAUUAUCAAUUACUAGGCUUAUCUCUGGCACCUCAUAGAUAUAUUUGCAAGAUUGUAGAUUUUUUUUGCCACUAAAUAUAUAUAUUUUUGAAGAUUGUUAGAUAAAUACAAUUUCUAAAUUACAUAUAAAUUUCUAUACUUAGUAAUUAAUUUAAGCAUGUUUCUUAAUGUUGAUGUUCUGAAAAUUAAAUAAGGCUAUCUAUACUAAGAUCGUUCUCAGGGAACGCCAAAAUGAUUUUGCUAUAGAAUAAAUGGAAGUAUUAUUUUAAGCCAACAAAUAGAAUAAAGAUGAAGUUUUUUUGCACUGUUGUUAUUAUCCAUAUGUGUACUUUUGCUAUUUGUUUGCAGCUUAAAGCACAUAUGUAUUAGUAAUAAACAGGAUUGAACUUGGAAAUACCUAAAAUGCCUGCAUUAGCUUCUUAAAAAGGAUAUUUCGGACCACUUAGGUCCCGCUAAGAUUAGGGGUCUGGAGAAGGGUCGGAGGACUAAAUGGAUUUAUUGUACACGACCUUACUUUACAUUUUUAAAGUUGUCAUGCUAUUUGACUUGUACGAAAUUUUUCUUUGAUACGUGCUUCACAUAGAUAUAUCAAUUAAGGAGGUGCAGUUUUUAUCUUUUUUGAAGAGGUAACAGAAGGUCGUGCAAAUUUUGAUGUUGUAGUAUUAAGGCGUUGAGUGGGUGUAUCCAGAACUCGAAGAAACCUGGCUAAUACCGGGAAUGAAGUGUGAUGGGUGCAACUGGUUUGAAACUCGAGAAAGCUUUACAUAACCAAUUUCCUGAAAGAGAACGUUACUUUGGGCUUCAGAAUUUCGGAUUUUUGGUUCACCUAAUGAUGAUUUAAGCAAUUCAAACAUGACUUCUGAGUUCAAAAACAAACCUGAUGGCUGGGAAACAACAUCAAAAACACAAGAUGGGAAUAUAUGGGAGAUGUCAAAAAGAGAAGAAGAUAUCUUAGUCCAAGAAUUUGAACGUCGAAUUGCUUUCAACAAAUUCCAGAGCCCAAAGGAAAACAGUGAAAACACCAGUAGAUAUGAUGCUAUUAACGUCAUCCUUAACCAUGACUUUUUGGAAGGUUUGCGCUUGCGACACCAAUUGCUGCAAUGCAUUUGUGGUUCCAGCUUGUUCUGGUAACUAUAAAGGAGUUACAGAAGACGUAGGCUGUUCUUAUAUUGUUGUCACGAAUCGCACUGAAUGUUGCCAAGGCCUGGAGCAAGAUAUUACAAGUAAAAUUUCAGCAGAAAAUCUAUUACGAAAGAGGGUUGGCAAGUGUUGGAGGGUUUAUUUUCACUAUCAACUAUGCCCGAUCAAGUCUUUUAUCUCGAGUAACCUUCACCUGGAUCUGACCUGCUCACAAAAUCAGUGAUCAUCACUUGCCCCAACCCAACUGAUUAUGAACUGAAAUCAUUUAUUCUGUUACAAAAAGCAUUCUCACCUAUCUUCUGAUAAAGUUCGCGGCCAACAUCCAGUUGUGCCGAUGAUGAGAGGAUCAUAAUAAACAUAAAUUUUGAUGAUAGACUGAAUAGUUGGUCCGGAAGAGGCUGCAAGGUUGUUUGCCAUGACUGUAUGAUAGAUGGAAACAUCAAUCCAAACUCUGAAAACUACUUUGCAUCUGCAGCAAUGCGCGCACAGAGCUAGAAUGAGAUUCAACAAGAUAUAACCGAGAGAGUAAAGCGAAAGCUUGCUUGUGAGUUGACUGCUAUUGUUCGGUUACAUGGUCACAAUGCCAAUAGUGUCGAUGUUCGGGGAACAUUGUGGGUUCGAGCAGUUGAUGACCGUGAUAGUACAUAGGCAUUGCCAACUAUUAUGAAAUGUUAUGAUUGCAGACCUUAUUUUUGGAGGUUUUAUGCUUAUUGAUUUCUUGGCCUUGGAGCAGUAACAACUGCUUAACUUUAAUAGUCCAUCUUCAUCGGAGCUGCCCAGAUUGCUCAUAUGAGCAAUGUCUAAGCUGCUGCCAAGAGCUUCGGAGAGGUAUGGAAAGAGCUUUGGAGAGGCAUGUUUCCAGAAAAUAGUUGUAAAGCAGUUUACAAAUAUUCAGAUAGACGCUGUGAUUACAUGCACGGUGGAGAGCCACUUCCUGAAAGUUUUCAUAAUAUGGAAAUUCCACAGGACCAGAACAAACCAAUUUCUUGGGUUGCUAAUUGUGAUAGUUGUAUCAUUUGUGCUCCAGUCGAAAUGGGUGGAUGUGGAAAAUGUGUUUUAGAGCUCAAGCAUCUAUUAACAAGAAACUGGAUAUCAACCUUGAAAGCAAAAGCAGAAAGGAUUCUGAUUCAAUGUAAUUUUUCCCAGAUGAUUUCCCAGC